UCGCACUCAGGAAGGAAAAGUGAAACUCACAUUCAGCAACCAAUGUAAUAAACUCGAAUUCAAUAUAAAAAUUGCUUUCGUUUCACGCCACUACUCGAUACUACUUGCAGUGGCGCAUCUCGCCACGAAACUAAUAUCGUCCCGUAUUUAAAAACGUAUUGAACACGCAGUCAAGUACACGUACACGUACGCAUGCACACGUGUAAACGUCUUUUACUCGCGCGAGCGACAUAGAUCGAAGUGAAAUUCGCUUCCUGAUUACUCGCCUCGAGGCAAACGUCGCGUCGAGGAGGCUCGUUGCCACCUUCCGUCUCGACUUUGUUCUUUACGAAACACAUCAUGGCGAUUCUCACAUAAAACCGCGAUCGAGUAUCGAACGACGGAACGGAGAACCGUUGCGCCCGUGCGUUCUCCAUAGAAAAUGAAACUUUUAGCGGCAUUUGGCGCGCUCGUAAUACAGUGUGCCGCGGCAAAAUCAUGGGACAGUGAUAGUAAGUGAAAGCGUGUUUACCUCGACGAUUCAAGUCACUUCCUUCCUUGCUCGUCAGGUUAUUCGGAAGAGAUGUUCUCCAUGUUUGGCUGGAUCGGUUAUCUAAAACGUUUUUCUCUGACCGUGCUGAUGUUGUCCGUCGUGGUUCUCUACUAUAUCCCAGAAUCGCGGCCAUACGCGCGCCGAAUUUGUUACACGUUGAUCGAUCUAACAGCGAACGGUUUGAAAUCCGCCCUGAGCGGCCGAGAGAGCGAAUACAUGUACGAGAAAAUUAAAUCCAACUAUCAUCGUGGCCGACACGAGCAGUCGUUAGCAGCGCCGAAGUGUGCCCUGCAAGAAAUUCGAGGCGACUAUGAAAAUUUUGCGCAACCCCGAAGAAGCUCCACCAGAAAGCCGAAAAUCUUUAUCGACGCGGACAACGUAGGAGAUACGAAGAAAGUGGCCAAAGACCAUCGACUGUCGCGUCAUCGUCUUCGAAGCAGCAUGAUUAACAACGAUCCUUGCGUGGACGUCGUUAAACCGGCCUAUUUUUACUCCGAUAAGACGAACGAUGCUCAAAAGUACUUGAAAACCAACGUGUCUAACACGAAACAUGCCAACUCACCUGUUGAGAAUUACGCACUUCUAAUCAGCGGCAGUCCGCAGCAAAUGGCAAUGUUAGAUCAAAAAUACGAGAAGGACGACAUGGUGAUUGUUCAAGAUCCUUAUAUGAGGAUGGAGUACAAGGAAUGUGGUACAUCCACUGAUAAAUUGUCAUCGAAAGCAGAAGCCUCAAGUUCAGAACAAGAGGGGCCAACCAGAGAUCAUAACGAAGAAGAAGUGGAGACGGCGGAAGACAGCGGUUCGCGGUACUCUGUCGACAAAUCCUUGUACCAAAUAAGUGAAUAUCAUUGUGGCGGUGAGUGUUGCGGAAGCUCGAUAUCGUCGGCGGAUUUGAGCAACAGGGCGAAUGCUAGAUUGAACACCCCGGUCGGUCAGAGAAAUGCUUUAAAAUCAUCUCGAAGCAUGGUGGCGCCGACACCGCAGAGGAAGAUCGAAGAGGGCAACGAACAUUUGUACACGAUCGAUUACAGUCACGCGGAUGAUCGUCCUAUGAAGUGUGUUAACUCGAGCAACAGUCGUAGAGUAGAUUUUCGAGCGGAAGACAUAAAUCGCGGCCACGAAACGCGCACACAACAGAAACACGAAGAAAAUGAACGCCUGUAUGAAAAUAUAUUGAAAACUCGCAGGAAAAGAUUUAGAAACGAAUCGGUAACAAAUUUCUGUGGCAAUGACGUCUUGUUCACCGAUCGAGGAGGGGAAGCCGACGAUGAAAAUUCACAACACGAAGGACGAGCGUGUAGGAAGCACGAUCUCGAUGAGAAACCUCAAAGAGAGAAUCCGUUGUUUGAGAAAAAUUCGGACGGCUCGAUGUUUGAUUGCUACGACGACAUUUACGAAGAACCUAUCUUAAAAAAUCGAUUUAAACCAGCGCUGUUCCGAGCGGUGAAUUGGAUCUUCGGCGGUUGUCCAGGAGCGGCGAGAAGAGCGGCUCUGAAGUGCGGCGAGGUCGGAAAGGAAGAGAGCCAAGGGUUAACUGACGAGUGGCUCCUCUAGCCAAGGACGUUAAACUCGUCGUCGUUCGAUGCUCAGACCGUCGGCAAAACCGGCGCUCUGUCGCAUCGAAUAUUCGCGAUUCUUAUUAAUAAAUUGCAUCGCGAAUCGUUGAGUUUGCGGAACG